CCAGAAGCACAAAGCGCUGCGCUAAGUGGUAAUUGGAAUGCUCAAGUACAUUGCUUGCAGCAAAUACACUCAGAACUAAAUCAUUUAAUAGUUCGCCGGAUCCAAGACUCCGAUGUAGUCUGCACUGAUAAAGUGGCUUUGAUAGUCAGUUUUACCACGCAUUAGUUGCCGAAGAAUUGCAAUGUCAGAAGGAUGCCAAUUAAAAGAAAGCUCGGCUUUGGCAAAAGCCAGAGAACUAAACAGGACUAACGAGAAAAGAUUGAGCGAAAAUUUACUGUCGAUGUCGCAUGAUGUCGAGAAAAAGCUGGAAAAACUUAAGAUCGAUGGACAAGCGACGUUAAACUUUUUACAACGACUUAAGUCUUCAACCGGCAUUACAAACAUGGGAGUUAAGAUGAAAAAAGAGGAAAACCGUCACAUAAAGAUGCUCAUACAACCUCCGAGGAAGAUGUCGUUUGCUCCUGUGGAUUACAAGAAGAAGAAACUGGAGGAAACAUCCCAGAGGUUGAUUGUAAGUUCUGUAAGUCCAGCUUGUGAGGGAAACCCCGUACCUGUUCGUACAGUUCACCCGUGGACAACAAACGCCGCAAGAGUUCUCUCAAGAAAGAAACCGCCCCAGAUACCGCGGCCUACCGGUAGACGGCGCCACAGCAUCGACUCUGAUGAUAUUUCGUCAGACGACGAUGACGUAGGGGUUUUGUUGGUGGGGAAAAAGAAAGGCCGUGACAGUAAAAAGCACAAAGCUAGCAGCAGACGUUUAUCGCUUCCCCCAAUUCGAGAAAACAGACGUAAAGAAUCAACCGAUGACGAUAAUGACGUCACCAGUAUCCAGGCUUCGCUAGUAAAACUAAAACAGCGACGAAAAUCCGUCAACUGUUAAAGUGCUAAUGACUUUAAACCAUGGUUGAUUCAUUUUAUCUUUUUUUCGUUUUUCUGCCUUUUUUCGGUUCUAGUUUAUCUGCUUUGUUUUAGAUUAAACAAUCACUAUAUAGAUUAUUCUUUCUCUUCUUUUCAUUCUGUACAAUACUCUCGAAAUAAAUGAAUAAUUACAAAA